AUGUCUUCUCAAUUCAAUGUUGGUUUAAAUGAAAUUGACCAAAUUACAGUUACUGAACAUCAAACAGAAGAUACACAUCUUCUUAAUGAAAAUCUUAUAAGACGAGAAGUUGAGACAAAUUUGAGAAUAGAAAUGUAUAAUGAUAUGGUAGAUAGACUUGUUGAAGAUUUAUUAUCAACAAAGAUUCAGAAACGAAUGUAA